UUCUACUUAUGGGUUCCCUGUGGUGUACAAUACAAUUCUGUUACUGACCAGCUGAUGUCAACCAAUCGCAGUCGUCCAUUCAAAUCGGUUCGCAUUUUGAAUCCACAAGACAACAAACAACAUGGCGAUCGAAUCCAAGUUCACCACAAACGAAAUCCAGACGAUCUGUGCAGAAAAUCACCACCAAAUAGAAUCCAGAUUCUACUCUUGGAGAACGAAAAUUGAUGCUGCAAAAGAAUGCUUCGAAGUGGAAAAAAUCCUUGAGAAUCGAAUCGUGGAGAUACGAGAAUCGUAUGAUCAGGAAGAAGAAGCCAAGCAGAAAACUCUAGAAGAAGAAUGGAUUGCUUUAGUGUUAGCAAAAGACAAGAAUUUACACCAGAGAAUUGACGAGGAAAAUACCCAACUAAAGAAUGCACAUUUGCAACAACUUUACUUGACACUAGAAGCCCUAGGUACCUUCAGUUUUCCUGAUACGAAAGAUGCAGUAUUAAGAAGAAACUUAGCAAAAAUGUUCCACCAAGUUGGAAAAUACUGUACAAGAAAUAACAUAGUAACAGAAAAGUGUAACUUAAAUCUACAGAACUUUGGGUUGCCCAAAGACCAACCCAUGCCUCCCCCUGCUGCACCUCCACCACCACCCCCUCCCCCAAUGAUCCCAUUUUGCACACCUAAAAAUUUACACAAAACUCCAAAAAGUAGACAAUCUCCUAAGACACAGGCAGCACCCAAAAAGAUGGGAGAUUGUUCCACUUUGAAUGAACAAAGGACCCCUUUACAGGUACUUAAUCAAGAUCUUUUAAGGAGUAUUAAGCACUGCCGCACAGUUGAACUCAAAAGUACACCACUAAAAAGGUCCCCUGGUGGAACGCCAGCAAAGCGACAGCGCCGUUUAUCAGAAAAUGACACCUCAGACUUAAUAACAAUAGCUUUAAGAAGGAAAUUUAGAAAUGCUAGUGUUCAAAGCCCUAAUGAAAAUAAGUCUCCAAAUGUAAAAUCACCCAGUUUAGAAUUUCCUUAAAAAAAACCCAAGGAUGAUAUAAUAAGGUCAUUUCUGAAAACUUGUACUUUUUAUGAUAAUAAAAGAGAAUUGGUUUAGUCAUGCA